AGCUUUCUCAGGUGGGGAAGGGGGCGUCGGCGCGAAGCCAGCGAGCGCCCGCCAUGGUGCGGCCUGGGAUGGCUGCGGCAUUCGGCGAGCAGAGGUAGACUGGGACGCAGAAGGUGGGGCUCUUAUUUUCAUCAUCGAGAUGGACUCGGUGAUGGAGCUCCUGAACUCCGCCGCCAAGCGACAGAAGCUCAAUAAUGAGAUUUCCGAACCGGAGAUCCUGGAGCUGGUGUCGCGGCGCGAGGCCGCGCGCCAGGCCAGGCGCUUCGAGGAGUCUGACGCCAUCCGGCAGGACUCCUGGCCUCCGAGCGC